UGGAAGCAUUGCAAGAAGAGCUUAAAUGCUGGCUCUGAAAGCUCUCUCUCUCUAACGUACAGAAGAAGAGCCUGCCCCAGUUGGUGUGUUUCUGUUGUGGUUGUCCUUUUCUCUCAUGGAAUUUGGAAUUUGGAUUUAAAUUCAGACUUCUUCAAUAUAUAUACACACACACAGUUGUUUUUCAAGUUUCAAGGCUCAAGUAAAUGAAAGUUUCAAGGCUCAAAGGGUCUGGAGCACAAUUUGUGAAUUCUCGUCUAUCGAUUUUAUCGCCAUUGCUUUGAUAAUUCUGCUUCCAAUAAGCACCUAGUUCUGUAACCACAUCCCAGUGAAAAAUAAAUUCAUUGAUAACUGAUGGCAGAAGAAGAUGGUUCAUAUUCAUAUGGGAACACAAGGAAAAGUCCUAUCUACGUUUUCUUUAAGGAUUGCAGAUGUGUUCUUAAUUUGGACAAACUUGGUUUAGAAAUAGCAUCAAUUGCAUUGCCUGCGGCGCUAGCUUUGACAGCUGAUCCAAUCGCUUCUCUAGUCGACACAGCAUUCAUUGGCCAAAUAGGUCCAGUGGAGCUUGCUGCUGUAGGAGUUUCUAUUGCUCUAUUUAAUCAAGCAUCCAGAAUUGCAAUAUUCCCACUUGUUAGUGUCACAACAUCUUUUGUUGCUGAAGAAGAUACUAUUGGAACAGUGAGUCCCGAGGCAAAGGACAGUGAUUACCUGGAAACAGGUUCAUCAACUAAUGGUGAAAUGAAACAGUUGAUACCAGAAAGCGAUGCCACUCAGAAUGCAUACAACUCAAAAUCCGUUGCUACAAGCUUUGAAAUAGUUACAACCAAUCAUCAGAAAAGGUAUAUCCCGUCAGCGUCAUCAGCGAUGGUUAUCGGCAGCAUCCUUGGCCUCAUCCAAGCCAUAUUCCUCAUAUCUGGAGCAAAACCUCUAUUGAACUUUAUGGGAGUUGGUUCUGAUUCCCCUAUGCUAAAACCUGCACAGCAGUACUUGAUGCUGAGAUCGCUCGGUGCUCCUGCAGUUCUUCUUUCACUGGCUAUGCAAGGGAUCUUCCGUGGGUUCAAGGAUACAAAAACUCCUUUAUAUGCCACUGUGGCAGGAGAUGUAACAAAUAUAAUAUUGGAUCCAAUAUUUAUUUUUGUUUUCCAUCUGGGUGUCACCGGUGCAGCUAUUGCUCAUGUUAUAUCUCAGUACUUGAUAUGUUUCAUACUCCUGUGGAGAUUAAUGGCUCAAGUCAAUCUAUUACCCCCAAGUAUCAAACAUCUCCAAUUCAGUCGAUUUCUUAAAAACGGUUUUCUGUUAUUAAUGAGGGUCAUUGCUGUUACAUUCUGUGUGACUCUGGCUGCAUCGUUGGCUGCACGUCAGGGACCGACACCCAUGGCUGCAUUUCAAGUCUGCUUGCAGGUCUGGUUGGCAACUUCCCUUCUAGCUGAUGGGCUGGCUGUUGCUGGACAGGCCAUACUUGCAAGUGCAUUUGCCAAAAAAGACUACGAUAAGGCUACAGCCACUGCAUCCCGAGUGCUACAGCUGGGAUUGGUUUUGGGUUUGAUGCUCGCUGCCAUGCUCGGAGUGGGGUUGCAGUAUGGAGCAAGAUUAUUCACAAAAGAUGUCAAUGUGCUACAUCUCAUUGGCAUAGGCAUUCCAUUUGUUGCAGCUACUCAGCCCAUCAAUGCCUUGGCAUUUGUUUUCGACGGUGUCAACUUUGGAGCAUCUGAUUUCGCGUACUCAGCUUUUUCCAUGGUUAUGGUGGCUAUUGUCAGCAUCUUAGUUCUGUUUGUACUCUCCUAUACCAAUGGAUUCGUUGGAAUCUGGGUUGCUUUGACCAUCUAUAUGAGUCUCCGGACAUUUGCCGGAUUUUGGAGGAUAGGAACAGGAACAGGACCCUGGGAAUUCCUCCGGGCAUAAAUGUGAACCCGGUUUUACUCAUUCGAAGGUUAAAACAGUUUUUUUAGCUUCCAUUCGUUCCGUGCUGCCGAUUUCAUUUACAAGAAGAUAAAUCAUACAAAAACCAAAUCUGCAUGUAACUUACAAUGUUGGGGAAAAUCCUUGAUCAAAUAUUUAGCAACGCAUUUUGUUUUCGUAUAA